AUGUCGUGGAUGGACUCUUGGUCACGGCCAAAGAAGAAUGCGGCUACUCCCCCGCCGCUGUACUUGACCUCGGACCAGGUACGCUAUUGCCAUACUUGUGGCAGAGUUAUUGCAGACAAGCGCAUCGAAGCCGCCUUUGCCGCCCUCCUCGACGGCCAGGAUGCUUCCAAAUUCGCUGCCGUGCAAGAAGACCCAUCAGCAUCCGGAGAAGAGAUCUCUAAAGUUACAUCCAACCAAGACAUUGGCGAAAAGCCACACGACAAGUACGAUUAUAGCAAAAGCAACAGCAAGAAGAGGCAGCANAAGGUCAAAGGCGAUCCGAGGAUCCUUGUAUCGUGCAGCGAGGUAGAGACCUUGAUCUAUGGUUCUCGCGAAGAUCCGGAAAAGACCUUUGGACGCAAGAAGAACAGAGCCAGGCGGGGCGUUGCCGAUGACGAUGUCUGGAAAAGCGUUGAUAUGCAGGACUCUGACACCGAUACCGGAACCGCAGAGACAGUUUCUGCAGAUGAAGAUGCAAUGGAGAGUGGCGGUGCCAAAAUCCUGGAUAACAGAGGCGUACCUCUGGCUGAGGCUCUCGAGGGCGAUGCAGAUGCCGACGUGGUGAAAAUCAAGGGCCGCGUUCGACCUCCACAGUCAGAGUCCGAUGUCAAUGGCUCCGUGGGUGGAGAGAAGGGCUGGGCAGAGCGAAUCAACGAAACACCCGAGAUGCUGCAGAAACGAAGAGAUGGACAGAGAAGAGCAGAGGAGAAGGAGAUGGUCAAGUGUGCCGCCAGAAGAGCUGUGGUCUUUGGUCUCGAAAGCAGCAGAGUGCUUACCGGAGAGGGCAAGAAGGGAAAGAAAGGAAAGGAUGAUGAGGACGGAGAAGUCAAGCAGGAAGGAAGAAGGUUGUGUGAGGCUGUCAUGCACGGGGCUGUUGUCGAACCGUCUUACGCUAAGGGGGACUGGUCUAUCAGAUGGCGAGAAGAGUGA